AUGCCCAGGUUCUUUAAACUUAAGGUCAAGGAGGUGAACACAAACCCAGCGGGGAGCCGUAGCCAUAUUAAAACGGUUGUGGAAUGGACGAGACGGGUGAUCCAUAAACCCUCCUCACCGCCUUCGCAAAAAGCGCUGGAGCUUUUGAAAGCGUCGCUAUCUGCACCAUACCCACCAGUGACCUCUUCAUCAUCCUCUUCGACCGAGAACGCAGGGAAACCACUUGACUUCAAUCUCGAAGUCGUCGAGUCUCCACCAACGUCUGACCAGCUCCAGGUCAUCCUCUCGUAUCUACCUUCGCCUGCAGCAAACCCGUCUUUGGUGUUCCUCUCUGCACACCCGUCCAAUGCACUGAGCGCGGCGGAGCAGCCGACGACGGUGAAGGGUAUCGCAGAGCUGGCGCAGAAGAAUCCAAAUGCAAUCAAGUGGCCGAUUGUGGUUGAUUGGCUGGAUGGCAAGGCGAGUAUCGGGAGUGUGGACGGUGUCAAGGGAAUUUUGGAGCAUUUGCGGAAGAAGAGGGAUGGGGAGGUCGAGUGA